AUGUAUCUCCACGAGUAUGAUUACAUCUUUGCUAUUGGCACUCUGUUUGCCAUGCUAGAUGCCUUCAACAACGGUGCAAACGAUGUUGCCAACUCUUGGGCUACCAGUGUCUCCUCCCGAUCCAUCUCCUACAGACAGGCUAUGGUCCUCGGCACCAUCUUCGAAUUCCUUGGCGCUGUCACUGUCGGUUCUCGUACUGCUGAUACUAUCAAGAACGGUAUCAUUCCUACAUCUGCCUUCAAGGGCGAUGCCGGUGUUCAGAUGCUCGCCUUUACCUGUGCUCUGGCUGCUGCUUCGUCCUGGGUGAUGUGGUGCACUCGCCACUCCGCUCACGUCUCAUCUACCUACUCUCUUAUUUCGGCUGUCGCUGGUGUUGGUGUUGCUACUGCUGGUGCCUCCCAGGUCCAGUGGGGAUGGAACGGCGGAAAGGGUCUGGGUGCUAUCUUCGCUGGUCUCGGAAUGGCCCCUGUCAUCUCCGGUUGCUUCGGUGCGAUCAUCUUCAUGCUCAUCAAGGUCAUUGUCCACAUGCGCAAGAAUCCCGUUCCCUGGGCCGUCUUCAGCUCUCCCUUCUGGUUCCUCGUUGCUUCUACCAUCUGUACCCUGUCCAUUGUCUACAAGGGCUCCCCUAACCUUGGUCUGAGCAAGAAGCCCGCCUGGUACAUUGCUGCUGUGACCCUGGGCACCGGUGGUGGUGUCUUCCUCCUGUCUGCUCUUUUCUUCCUUCCCUUCGUUCACGCUCGCGUUAUCAAGAAGGAUUACACCGUCAAGUGGUGGAUGGUCAUCUACGGUCCCCUCCUCUGGAAGCGCCCUGCUCCCGCCGACGGUGAGACAGCCAAGGUUCCCAACUACGCUGUUGUCCAGGAUGAGGAUGACUACGCCGUUUCCACCCACACCCACGGCUCCAUCGACAAGGAUGCCCAGACCACCUCCAUUCCCACCGAGGACCACGAGAAGGGCCUCGUCGCCACCGAGACCAACCAACUCACCUACAAGGAGAUCAUGGCUCUGUCCGAGGCCAAGCACCACGCGAAGCUCCUUAAGGGCAAGGGUCCUCUGGGUUGGGCCCUGCGCUUCCUCCGCGACAACCCCAUGGGCAACGGUGAGAUCUACGAAAUCCGCAAUAUUAUCAUCAUGUUCAAGCGCAUUCCCCCUAAGAUCGUCGUCGGUCUCACCUACGGUGCUCACUACGAUAUUCACACUGCUCAGAGCGGCACUGCCGGUACUCCUGAGGGUGAGCGCAUGAAGCGUGUCUACGAUGCCGCCGAGAAGUACCCCAAUGAGGUCGAGCACACCUACUCCUUCGUCCAGGUCUUGACUGCUUGCACUGCGUCCUUCGCUCACGGUGCCAACGAUAUCGGAAACUCCGUCGGCCCCUGGGCUGCUAUUUACUCCGCCUGGUCGACCGGCGAUCCCGUCUCUUCCAAGGCCGCCGUCCCCGUCUGGCAGCUCGCUGUUUUGGCUAUUUGCAUUUCCAUCGGUCUCAUCACCUACGGUUACAACAUCAUGAAGGUCAUGGGUAACAAGAUCACCUACCACUCCCCUAGCCGUGGCUCCUCCAUGGAACUCGGCGCUGCUAUCACUGUCCUGGUCUUCUCGCAAUUCUCCCUCCCCGUCUCCACAUCCAUGUGUAUCACCGGUGCCACCGUCGGCGUCGGUCUGUGCAACGGUAGCCUGAAGGCAGUCAACUUCCAGCGUGUCGGUCUCCUGCUCCUUGCCUGGAUCAUGACCAUCCCCAUUGCCGGUACCAUUGGUGGAUGCCUUAUGGGCCUGUUCCUCAAUGCACCUCACUGGUCUUAA